CAAACCAGCUUCCUAGCUAGUGCCAUCGUUUGCAAGUGAUCGAAAGUCGGGGAUGGCGCGGCGUCAUUGGAGCAGCGGCCUCGCGGUCGCCGUCGCAGCGCUCGCCGUACUGUCCGUGCUCUGCUCCGGGCACCCGGUGCCGGUGCCGGGGCACGGCGGCGGUGGCGGCUUCGUCCCGCUGCAGCCGCACUUCUACGACCACACGUGCCCGCAGAUGCAGGCCAUCGUAGGGGCCAUCGUGGCGAAGGAGCACGCCAAGGACCCGCGCAUGGCGGCGUCCUUGCUGCGGAUGCACUUCCACGACUGCUUCGUGCAGGGCUGCGACGCGUCCGUGCUGCUCGACGCCGACGGCAGCGGCAGGUUCGCCACCGAGAAGCGGUCCAACCCGAACCGGGACUCGCUCAGGGGUUACGAGGUCAUCGACGAGAUCAAGGCCGCGCUCGAGCACGCCUGCCCGCACACCGUCUCCUGCGCCGACAUCGUCGCCAUCGCCGCCAGGGACUCCACCGUUCUGACCGGCGGACCCGGCUGGGAGGUGCCACUGGGGAGGAGGGACUCCCUGACGGCAAGCCUGAGCGGCUCCAACAACCUCAUCCCUGCUCCUAACGACACUCUCCCCACCAUCAUCGGCAAGUUCGCCAACCAAGGCCUCGACGUCGUCGACCUCGUCGCCCUCUCAGGAGCACACACCAUCGGCGACUCGCGGUGCGUCAGCUUCCGGCAGCGGCUGUACGGCCAGAACAGCAACGGGCAGGUGGACCUGACGCUGAGCGCCGGGUACGCGGCCGAGCUCCGCGCGCGGUGCCCGCGGUCGGGCGGCGACCAGAACCUGUUCGCGCUGGACCCGGUCAGCCAGUUCCGGUUCGACAACCAGUACUACCGCAACAUCCUGGCCAUGGACGGGCUGCUCAGCUCCGACGAGAUCCUGCUCACGCAGGGGCGCCAGACCAUGGAGCUCGUCCAUCGCUUCGCCGCCAGCCAGGAGCUCUUCUUCGAGCAGUUCGCCAGGUCCAUGGUGAAGAUGGGCAACAUCUCGCCGCUCACCGGGUACAGCGGCGAGAUCAGGAAGAGCUGCAGGAGGGUCAACCACUUCUAGGCCGGAGGAAGGACGACGCCGACGACCUUCCUCGCUGUCUCAUAUCUCCAUCACUCGUUCUCUCUCAGUCCCUCUCGUGCGUGUGAGAAUUCCAUGCAUUUUGGUACAAGCGUGCAGUGUAAAUGGUUGCGAUUGUGUUUCGUUGCUGCUCUCUCGUGUUUGAUUUUUCACUCGUGUAAUUUGCUAUUCGUGUACCAAGAAAUGAUACAAUAAAAACCAAUUGUUUCUGUCACUUGCUGAACUCAAAGUUAAGGAUCACGUGUACGUUGUUGAAUGUU